AUGAGAGAUGCGAUCAAGGCGCGCCUUCUCGAAAUCGUCGUCUCUGAACCAGUCCCCAUCACGCGACAUGCGAUCGCUCGUGUCAUCUCAGAGGUUGCCGAAUACGAGUUGCCCGAAAAAGCGUGGCCCCAACUGUUAGGUUUUUUGAUCAAAGCAAGAGACAGUCCGGUGGCCCAUGAACGAGAGGUCGCGAUCUUGACGCUCUCUAGUCUGAUGGACACCAUCGUCGAUUCAUAUGCCGAGAAUCUCCCUCAAAUCUACGCCCUCUUCGCCAAACCUCUCCAGGAUCCCGAAAGUCUCGAAGUCCGUGUGACCACCGUCCAAGCCCUCGGUCGAGUUGCCGAGUACAUCGAAGUUGAUGAGGAAGCUUUCAUUGCCUCAUUCCAGGCGAUGAUACCCCAGAUGCUAGUCGUCAUUGGCCAAACCUUGGAAGCCGGUGAUGAAAAUGCUGCCAAGAAAGGAUUUGACACUUUGGAAACGCUCUUGAUCAUCGAAGUCCCUCUGAUCAAUGCUCAUUUCACCCAAGUUGUCGAAUUCAACGCUACCAUCGGCAACAAUAAGUCACUUGACAAAUCCCAACGAAUAAUGGCCCUCAACUGUCUUCUUUGGACCGUCAAGUUCAAGAAGAGCAAGAUAGCUUCGAUGGACUUGAUUAAACCUAUCGUCGACUCUUUGAUUACCAUUGGUGCCGAAGACAAGCCCGAGGACCCUGAAGAUGAUUCGGUGGCUAGAGUAGCUGUCUUCCCAGCACUCUACUCUCGAAUCCAAGAAUGCUUCCGCAGUACCAAUCCCACCUUACGUAACGCUGCCGUUAUGGCUCUUGGAGUUACUGUCGCAGGCUGCUCUUUGUUCAUUCAGCCACACAUCGAACAGCUAUGGCCCUUCAUCGACACAGGUUUGGAAGAUAGCGACCCCCGUGUCCGACGGGCCGCCUGUACCGCUUUGUCCUGCAUAUGCAAGAUGCUGGUAGACAAAUGUGCCAGUCGACACCAAAUUCUCGUUCCCCGGGUUUCCGCCUUACUCAACGACCCUGCUUGCCAGAGGAACGCGAUGACAGCUCUCGAUGGUCUCUUAGAAGUGCUUGACGACCAAACGAUAGGGCUCUACCUUCACCCUCUCAUGGAGCGUCUUGUGCCUAUGAUCGAUUCCGCUCCUCCGAAGCUCAAGGGCACUGUGGUCGGUGCGAUUGGCUCCGCCGCUUACUACGCCGCAAAAGGCGCAUUCGAGCCUUACUUCGACAUUUGUAUGCAACGGAUCACUCCUUUCCUUUCUCUCAAAGGCGAGGGAGACGAGCAGGAGUUGCGGGGUGUUGCUCGAGACACUGUCGGUACUUUGGCUUCUGCUGUCUGUCGGCAAGGAAAAAUUCAGACCUUUCCUGGAUGGCUGUCUUAA